CUCGAUGCUGAAGUUGACCGUGGUUAAUUUCAAGCUGCGGAAACGAGGGCUGUAAAGAGGAUGUACAUUGUAUUUUCUUUGGAGUUUGGAGCGAUGAGAAGAUUUUCUUGACGGACCUAUUUGUACAAGAGGUCAGUGAAGACAAUAACCUUUAUGAUUUUGUGAAGUGUAUUAGUAUUUGGAAGGAGAGACGGAAGUUGAAUUUGUACACAAUGCAUCCUGAGUAUAAGUCAAAGAGAAAAUCAGGGCAAAAGACGGAUCUUCUCCAUAAUACAGUCAGAAGACGGAAGAGGCAGGGUCAACGAAAAUCACGAUGGCAAAGGAGUGACACGUCUUCAGAGAAGGAACAGGAAUCCAAGGAAACUAACUCUUCCACUCCUCCACCUAUUAUCAUCAACAACCAUUUUUUUCUGAACAACAGUCCUGUUACAUUUGGAUGCAGUAGAGACAACAAGUACUAUUUUGAUAUGCCAGCCAAGCUUUACGCAAUAAAAGACGGAAUGAUGAAUGAAGAAGAAACUCGGAAACUUCAGGAAAAAAUCAAAAAUAUGGUGAGAGAAAAUAAGCCAAGAAUCACGUCGUUGGAAGACAUAUUAAAGGAAUGUGACGCGAAGACGACAGGCGUAGGGGACGGAUGUGUAAGAGUGACUUGGCGUUUUAGAAGUCUGGAGGGUUUGAGAAGAUUCUGGAAGAUGUACUUAACUGGAGAUCUGAAACGAUGUCUGCAAAAAGACUUACCAAUCGAAACGGUGAAAGUAUCUGAGAACGACUACCAGAUGGGUUGCAAAUUUUUUGGGAGGUCUGGAAAGAUAACUGGACAAGCUGUCAUUAAAAGGAUCAUAAGCGUGCAGUGUCUUGACCAGCAUCUGAACACUUUAGAGCAAGCAGCAGUCGAAUAUGUUCGACGUCGUAAGGCACUUGUAGAGAUGCUUCGUGGAGUUGCUUGUGAUUACACACGUUCUACAGUACAGAAAAUACUUGCAGAGUUUGCAGUUAUGCUCGUUGUUGCUAUGGUUACUCUUCUCACUACUCUCGCCUUCCUGAGCUCCACAUACGCUGAGUCGGACUUCAAAGACGUUCUUACUGUCCACGUCUACAACGUCACUGUGAUACAUAUACGUUCCCAUUGUUAUGAUAAAUAUGAAAAUAUCCGUUCGUACCUGAUGUACGCAUUGGUCACAGUCCUCCUGCUUUUCACUGGUAUUGGUACACUGCUCAAGACAUACUCACGGGGAAGUGAUGAAGUUGAUGAUAAGGUUGGGGAUGAUGAAGAUCGCGUAACAUCUGCCAAAAUGAACUCAGCACCAGUCAUCUGGGUCUUUAAGGACAUCGGUGAACACUUCUUUCGUCUUUUUUGCUUUUGUAUCGUUUUACUGAUGUUGUGCCUUCGCCUGGGCUGUACUGAUGAAUUUACCCUUCCGAUUAUUUGGGAAACUGGAUUUAUCAUGUCGGGUAUUGCGGCGGUUAUCUUCUUUAUUCUUGCUGUUUUCUGUGGAAUCCUUUCGAUAUAUACAAAAAUAAAGGUUCCAAUGCAGUACCACAGUGACAUUGAAGCUUGCGAAUAUCUCCGGUGUGCAUUUAAAACAGUCAAGUUAGUCUCGGAGUUGAUGCAGAAGGAAUGGAGGCGUAUUGCCGGUGCAGAAGCUGAAGCGAAACGAAUGGGAAACGCGCUGGAUAUUACGACGGAAGUGGAGACUUUGAAGUUUCAAGUAAGAGAUACAUCAGUUGAAUCGGCCUCCGAAUCAAUCAUUGAUGAGGCUACUCGCGCAAGUAUCAGGUCGGGUCUACCGAGUUCUGAUGCCUUGUUCAGUGUCAUCCAAGUCCCUUGCAACCUUCAAGGAUGGAUAUCCUCGUCCGCCAAAGAUCGUAAAAUACCACCUCCAGAGGUGAACAAAUUUGUAAAUGAUCUCGCUGAUAAGAUCAAUUGCCCUGCACAAGAGGACAUGAAAACAAAAAUUCGCCAAAUAAGAUGCAGUCUCGGUCGUGAGUAAUCUACCUGAUGUGGGUAGCUUAGCACAGACUUAACCUUCCAGUCUGCUCUUCCUAAAUCAGAAAAGGUUGUCCGAGUUUACUAAAAAAAUAAAAAUGUAGAAAAAUGUAUGGGAUUAUCGAUUGUAGGCCUAUGUUAAACAAAAAUGAUGCUUCCAACAAUUUUUGUCUUCGUGCAUAAUAUUAAGCAUUUCAGAUGCCCAACAUUCCCUUUUAUAUAAUUUUAUAUAAUUUAUAUAAUUAGACUGUCCAUUAGCAACCUCACCACUUAGUUGCAGGUGGUCAUUCGUUGGGUCACUGGCACUAACAGUCAGUGG